GUUUAAACAUUUACUAGUAGAAUGAAAAUGUCAUUAGAUGGGUUAUUUUCUUACCUCUUAUUGCUAGCUGCAAUUCUUUUUGGAAAUUAUGGAGAUUCACAAGUGAUAAACAGUGGCAGACGCAGGAAUGACUCGAACUAUGGGAUAGACUGGAUAUUCUUUCCUGAUGGGAACGGGGUCCCACAAGUUGCUAUUUUAAAGGAAGAGCCUGACACCCGAGGGAUAUUCGAUUCAUCCAUCACGUUUUAUCUUUUUAUACGAGGGGGCCCAGAAAAUGGCACAGCCAUACCCAUCAACGACACGGCGGCUCUGACAGCAUCUGGCUUUUCAUCAUCACGGAAAACGAAAUUUAUCACACAUGGGUGGAAAUCAACUGUAUUCAGUAACGGUCUGUUAGAAAUGAAAUCAGCAUACCUGACUUAUGCAGAUUAUAACAUUUUCAUGGUUGAUUGGGAACCACUAGCAGCGAGCUCCUUCUAUUUGGGCCCAGUGCACAAUACGGUAACAGUUGGCACAGAUGCUGCAAUGUUCAUCGAGUUUCUUGCUAGAGAAGCUGGCGUAAAGAUUGGCGAUGUUCACUUUAUCGGUCAUUCUCUUGGCGCACAUGUAGCUGGAAAUGCUGGCUUUAUAUUAAACGGAACAUUGGGAAGAAUAACUGGUUUGGAUCCAGCGUCACCAGGAUUUCAUGUGCUAGCAUCAGAAAAUCGUCGUCUAGAUCCAUCGGACGCAAAGUUUGUUGACAUCAUUCAUACCUGCGGGGCAAUUCUCGGCUUUCUUCAACCUCUUGGUCACGUCGAUUUUUACCCAAAUGGUGGAGUCGCCGUUCAACCUGGAUGUUGUUGUACUGUUGAAGUUACAGAGGCUUGUAGCCAUGGACGGUCAUACAUGUAUUAUACCGAAAGCAUAAAUUCAAAGACAGGAUUUCCAGCAAAGAAGUGUUCGUCUUGGAAUGCAUUUACGAAGGGAGACUGCGAGGACAACGAUACUGCCUUAAUGGGAGCCCAUGUCAGUCAUUCUGCAUCAGGAUCUUAUUAUUUACGAACGAGGUCUGAACCUCCCUAUUCAUUGCAAUCCGAUGUAGAUACCAAUGCUAUCGAGGAUUCUACUAACUGAAGAAAGACAAUUAUUCUAAGAAGUAUAUUCUAGUCUUUUAAAUAUUGUUAUACCUCCAUUAGACAAUGAGCUUUAACUGCACUUAAAAUUGUAUUUUGUUUUUAUAUGUAUAUUAAAUUGGUAUAUGUACAUUAUAUUUAGUAAUAAUUCGAUGGAUUAUAAACUCACAACAGUA